GCUCGCACUAUCAGUAUCAGUGGAGUGCGUUGGACGUGCCACUCCAAGCGCCACCUCCACCUUCCACGCGUUUCACAGGCGAUCGCCUUUCGCGCCGCCCUUCCGACUCGGAGGGCGUCACUCCCGUUCCCCCCUCGCCCUGCUCGCGCACGCCUGCUCGCCUCGAUCAGGCACACCGUUGCUCCCACAUCCGCUACUUCGGAAUGGCUUUGAUCGCGCCGCUCCCCGUGCUACUAUCCCCGCGCGGGUCUUCCCCGCCUACGCCGUUUGCGCAUGGCCGGAGGGACGCGGAGCUGCGGGAGGGGCGAGACGACGAUCCGACGCCCCUCGCCUCACCGGCUGCAGCGGCGCCACCGGGGAUAACGGGGGGGGGAGCGGGGGGUACCGCAGUGGGCGCUGCUGCUGCGGGGGGGACUAGGGCGCUUCCCUUCUGCCUCGCGAUAGCUUCCGUUUUCUUUGUGAUUGUGGUUCUCGGCCUUAUCACGGUCGCAGCACGCUACUACGCGUGCACGUACCUUCGUCGGCGCGCUGCGAGGAAUGCGUCGUCGGGGGAUGCGCGAGCUGCUGGCGCCGACGCGCAAGCACCCGCGGGGCUCGACGCGGAGAGAGUCGCGGCGUUCCCCGUGUGGUCGUACUGCCUCUUCCCCGCCGCUGCGAGGGAUUUUCCCGCCGGGGAGCCGCGUGUGGGAAGUGGCGAGAAGGACGCGCCCCGAGUCAACCCUGCGGCAGUCACGGCAAGCGAGACCGCUCUCGUCGCUGACGGUGCUACUUUGCUGGGAACAUCGGAACGCCAAAUUACAGAGUUCUUACAGGAGGGGAGGCCGUUAACGAGCACGGAGUGUACAGUGUGUCUAAGUGACUUUUGCGAGGGCGAGCUGAUUCGCAGCGUGCUGCCGUGCGAGCAUCGGUUCCACGUGGCGUGCAUCGACCUCUGGCUCGCCACCCACACCACGUGCCCCGUGUGCCGUGCCGACCUCAAAUCGUCGGCGCCACGUAUGGCUGUAGACGACUCGGAUGUGAGAGAGGUGGAUGGAGGGGACGACGCCGUUUGACGCCUUCGCUCAACCCUUUCCAAACCCAUCGACACCUUUUUUGAAUCGGCACCCAUCGGAUUGUGGCACAGCCAAGGACAAAGCCACAAGCUAUUUCGUUCAUUUUUUUCCCUUCUCCAUUGAUCAGCCGCGCGCUGGCGUCACAAAAUUUCGGGCCCAGAAAAGUAUCCCUGAAGUAACAUGUGACAAUGCUCGACGUGUGCCCUCCGAGGGAUAGUUGUGAGAUCCCCGUGCAUACCUAGAGCAUACUUGCACGUUCAUGCGCACACUGUACAACCACUGUUCCACGCCUCCAUUGCGCGGACGCUUUUAAGAGUAUAAGCAUGCGGUACCCCGCUGCUAGCUAUCCUAUUCAGAAUGGCAAGGUCAGUUGACCGAGCCGCGACCAAUAUAGAUUGCGCAACAUCUCUAGACGCGAAUCCGAAGGGGAAAGUAACCCGUCAUGGAUUGCUGUGCUAUGGCGAUAUGAUACUCGGCCCAUAGACCGAGACAAUAGCAUCGUACGCUGCGUACGGUCUUUCUUCCAGGCGCAACGUUAGCAACGGUGUCCUCGUACGCUGCCAUGCCGCGACGUCCACUACAGGGCGCGAGUUCGGUCGCACGAAACCCGCAGUGCUCUGUCCCGUACCCCACUGUAGGAAUCUGGUUGGGGCGGAGAAAGUGAGAACGCAGAGAUAGGAAUAAGGAGUUUACGGGUGCAGAACAGCCAUGGUACGAAUGGAUAUACAAAGAGUAAAACAGGGACAAGACGAAAAGAUUAUGAUCGUGCGAUUAGAUGAUAAUGUUGAUGAUGAUGAUCAUGGGGCGGCUAUAAGUUACACACGAACCUUGGGGUAUGGGGUCUCCGGCGCAAUUCAAGCCAGCCCUGCGAAGCAGAUACGUGGACUGCAACUGCUGCCCCAGCACUGAACCAACCCCUAUUAACGCUUAUCUCGGCUUGCACACGACGCCUAUAUACAGGUGAAGAGGACCCUCGGCACAGAUGAGAAUGCCCAGGCAGCGUGCUCCUUCUUGUACCACGGCCCAUUGGCUUUGCUGCGGUGUGCGAUGGCAUGACGCAUCCAUGCCAAAACGUUCUUGUGAUACUCAUCUGUCGCGUCCUCGUUUUGUGGGGCGCUCUUUUUUAGGCUAACUGCCCCAACGUUUUUCAUCCUGUGCUCCACCUGUGAGACAUUUAGACCAAAGUUUAGAAACUUAUCAUGUAUGCGUAAAAACAGA